AUGGUUUCAGCACCACAAUUGAUCGGCCUCGCAAGAUCGCUGCCCGCCCCUCUGCAGCGCUUCUUCGCCCGCUAUCCUCCCGCCGCCAUCCUCCCCGAAACCGCACCCAAAACCCGAUAUCAAGAGGAGAGGCAGAACCCCUUCCGCUUCUACAAGCACCCCGUGACCGGCAAAUGGCAGGAUCCUGUAUACUCCCAGCGCCGUCAGGCUGAGCUGGUCCAGAUGGCCCGCGAGAACGGCGUUGAGGACCUCCUACCCGACACACGCAAGGCCACUGAGUAUAGACUGGCUCACCGGGUCGAGCAUGGUUUGAGAGUCAAGGGUACUGGUGUGGGACAAAAGGUCAAGGGACAUAUUCACGAACGACACAUGAUCGCAAAGUACGUGGGCGGUCCUAUCAUGGCGACGGUCAUAGAUUGGCUGAUGGAGACAAGGAGAAAGGCCAUGCUGGAUAUGCCCAGCCUUAUCAAGCGCUGGAAGAGGGUGGGCAAACACGGAUGGUCCAGGUUCCCCAAAUAA